CGCCCUCCAUCUCGGUCAAUUCUCUUCUGGACAACAUGAUAACGGUUCGCUCACCGAAAAGUGCGUAAGGGCUAAAUGCCUAGGGCUGAAUAACGUUGUUUACCACCUUUUUUCUCAACAUCAUUUGCGUGUGUCAGUCUUCACGUCCUGUCUCCACCCACUUGAGUGCAACAUGAUCCGCUGGGCUACUUAGGCGCACAGUGUGGAGGCGCGAGCGCACCGCAGAUGAAGUGGAAUGGACAAGUGAGAGAAAGAAAUGGCUGUCCAGAGAAAUACGCCCAUUGAGCAGGGAAGACACAGCUGAUCAAGAAGGGACUUGUGUGACAUGGAAUGCUGUAGUCAGCCUGCUUCUCAAGGGCAAACAGUGAAUGUCACUGCCAAGGCUUUGUCCAGCAGUCCCAGGAGAUGAUGAUGGACAGCAGUGAGAAGGAUGAGAGUGCCGACUGCUGCCCUCAAGAGGCCACUCCGGAGCCUCAGCAAGAGCCCUCCACCCCAGACCCUGGUCCUGGAGAGCCCGCUGAGGGAGAGUGUGAGGAGGGGGAUGCGGUGGCACCACAGCCCCCCUCCAACAGGCCCCAUCCAGGGGCCGUCGAGGCACCAGAUGGGGGUUGGGGCUGGGUGGUGCUGGGAGCCACUAUCAUGGUGCUGGCCCUUACACUUGCCUUUCCAUCCUGUGUGAGCAUCUUCUAUACAGACCUUCAGACAGAGUUUCAUGCUACCAACAGUGAGACAUCCUGGGUGCCUUCCAUCAUGACCUCUGUUCUCCAUGCUGGAGGUCCCUUCUGCAGUAUGCUGGUGGAGCGGUUUGGUUGCAGGGCCACGGUGAUGUUUGGGGGAGUGAUGAGUGGACUGGGCAUGAUUUUCAGCUCUUUCACAAACUCUAUGGAGGAGCUCUACAUCACUGCAGGGGUCAUUACAGGUCUGGGCUUCUGUUUCAGUUUCCAGCCUGCGGUCACCAUCCUGGGUCAGUAUUUUGUGCGCCGCCGGCCCUUCGCCAACGCCAUGUCCUCCACGGGGACCGCGCUGGGCUUGUCCGUGCUGCCCUUCCUGGGCCACUACCUCCACAGCCAGUACGGCUGGCGCGGCAGCUUCCUGAUCCUGGGGGCCAUGCUGCUCAACUGCUGCGUCUGCGGGGCCGUCAUGAGGCCCCUGAGGCCCCGGAGGAGGCCGCCCGCGGGGGCCCCGGCCCCCCCUCCCGCGCUCAACGGCGGCGCCGACGCCUCCAGGAAGCAGAGCAGCGCGGCACGCUCGUGGUGGAGGGGCGCGGUGGCCACGCUGCACAAGAACAUGGCCUUCGACCUGUUCCGCAGCAACCUGCGCUUCCGCAUGUUCUCGCUGGGCAUCACGUGGAUGAUGCUGGGCUUCGUGGUGCCGCUGGUCUACCUGGUGCCCUACGCCACCACCUCGGGCAUGGCGCAGAGCCGCGCCGCCCUGCUGCUCUCCAUCCUGGGCCUCAUGAACAUCUUCAUCCGCCCGCCCAUCGGCCUGCUCUUCAACUUGCCCUGGUUUAAAGGUCGGCACAUUUACGUGUUCAGCGCGGCGCUGCUGCUGAACGGCCUGAGCAACUGCAUCUGCUGCGUGGGGCCGUCCUUCGACGUGCUGCUGGCCUACGUGCUGUGCUACGGCGUGUCCAUGGCCGUGGUGGGCUCGCUGCUCUUCACCGUGCUCAUGGACUCGGUGGAGAUGCGCCGCUUCCAGUCGGCGCUCGGCCUCCUCUCCGUCAUGGAGAGCGUCACGCUGCUCAUCGGCCCACCACUGGCUGGCAUCCUAGUGGAUCGAAUGGGUCUCUACACAUGGGUCUUCUUCGCCUGCAGUAUCACAGUGAUGACAUCUGCACUCUUCCUCAUGCUGUCAUUCUACUGGCUGGACCGCAGGGAUGCCAAGUGCAAACAGGAGCAACAGGCACCCCCCAACGGGCACCCUCCAAAGCCCUGUGUCACCCUGGUCCCGGAGUGCCAGUACCGCAGCGUGCCCACAGAGGGUGACAGAGACAAAGGUGCGGAGGAGUCCCAGACAGAAGGGGUGUAGGUCAUCAGUCUGUGAGUGCACCUGUUCCUGUGCCUGACCCAGCACUCCUGAACACCCCCACGCUGCAGAAACACUCAUUUCCGUCAUAGCCAAGCUAUACAUGGGUUUGUGUUGGUCCACAGUUUUUUACUGUGACACAGAGAUGUGCUUUGAAGUUAGGAUUCGGGAGCUUUACUUGUUUCAUUCAGCCUUAAUUGAUUUACUAUGGAUGGCCUGAAAGCCAUGAUAUAUUCACUCGUAUGAUUUUUUUCAUCUGCCACUGACAUGGGUGUUAUUGUACAGCAGUCUGGCAGUCGAAUGACUCGCAACAGCAGAACCAAAAUGCCUUUUAGACUGGGCUCCCUCAAAGCUGGCAAGCCCUGUGCCAAAAGAUAGAGAUAACUUAGCUAUGUUAAAUUUUCACAGGAGGUACUGUUCACAGAGAUCAUGGAAAUGAACCUCUGUUAUACACUGUACGGGUAUGCAAAGUGAACAUACUGUAGAAACCAUAUGAUAUUUUAGAAUGUUUCAGAUGGAAUUUGACAACACAAGCUGUGAUACUGGCUAAGCAUAAGAAAACACCAGCGUGUUAAAAGCAUGCUACAUAUAUACAUGCUGUGAAUUCAGUCUCAAACCAAAUGAAGCAUUUGUGGGACUAUCGGUGUCCUGUCCACUAUCCACACUACAGUGACUACUAACCAUAAGACAAUGACACAUCCAUGCUACCAUCAUUGAAUGAAGCUUUCAAGCCAAAGCCUUAUGGUGCCUUUGACCUGCUGUGAUUGAGCGACCAGACAUGUGUCUGUGUCCACAGGCAGCAAGUGUGCAUUAGUGCACAACUGGUGUUCUUUUGAUUGCAGUUUAUCUUUCUUCAGAAGCUUCCACACAAGUUCUCUUCUGAACUUAAAUUGCACGUCAUAUCAAUAUGAUAUAUUGAUCUAUGUCUCUCUGUCUUAGCCUAUCUGUCGAUUAAUCAAUGUGUUCCUAUAUCUACCUGUCAGUCUGUUUAUGUAUCUCUCAUUCUCUCUUAAAAACGGUAAGAGUAUAAGUGACUGUUCCUUCUUAAGCUUUUGCUGCAAUGAACACCAGCAAUGUUCUUACUGCUUACAGGCUAUAUACUGCUGAUCUGUAAGAUGCUUAACGUUUCACUACUGUCUGAAUGUGUUCCUUUUGUACCAGAAGAAGUGCUACUAUGGCCUUCCUAGACAGGCCUUGCUGUUAUUCAUCACUCUUUUAAAGGGAUGGAUCACCCAACGCUAUAACCGAAUGUUAUGGAAGUAGGUCUAGAUUGAGAGGAGAGGUGAUUAAUCAAAAAACCUCAAACGUUGACACAAUGUAUUUUUUUCUCUCAACCUGUGAGGAUCCUUACAUGGAAAUGCUACAGAAGUAUUUUUCAAGUGACAUAGAGAAUAGAGCUAUUGAUGUAUUCAAAUCAUAUACUGAUCAUUUUGGUCACUGCUUCAGGUUUUGUAAUAAGCCAGUAUAUUUGUGGCACUUCAGCCAUAUUAUUUGCCAUGAAAAGUUUAUAAAUGAACUUGUUAUAUUUAGAGAUGGCCAUUGUAUAAAUUACUGGAUAUAAUAUAAAAUGGAAUGUAUUUAUAACAAAUAAAUGUUAAA